AUGACUACUACAUUCGUCCAUAACCGGAGCCAACACUCCGGCCACCGUGCCACGCCGGAUAACAUCUCCCGUUCAUCAGACUUCAGCUCUUCGAAUCAAUCAGCCACCUCAUCUUCCGGACGGAAUCCAGUUGUUGCUGCUGCUAUGUCGGUUGCCGGAUUGUUUGCCGCUUGUUUCACGCCGCCGGAUGCUAACAAUUCCAAGAGUCUCGUCGUGGAUUCUGAGGAGUUUAAAUCUUCUUCUGGUUCAGUUGCAUCAAAUGCUUCAAGAGCUGGUAGUCAGAGAGGGCGUGGCUCAAGCCGAGGUACAAACAUUAGUUUAUACAACACCACAAUCCAGGGGAAUGAGUCUGGCAUUGUGAAGUAUACUAUGGAGGAAAUUAUCCAAGUCACCAGAAACUUCUCUCCUUCUUUCAAGAUUGGUCAAGGUGGUUUUGGAGCAGUUUACAAGACCAAACUCCUGAAUGGAACUAUUGUCGCAGUAAAGCGAGCUAAGAAGAGUGUACACGAGAAACAUUUAGGUUCGGAGUUCCAGAGCGAGGUACAAACACUAUCACGGGUCGAGCAUUUGAACUUGGUAAAGUUCUAUGGAUACUUGGAGCUAGGGGAUGAAAAAAUCGUUGUUGUGGAGUACGUUCCUAAUGGAACCCUCAGAGAACAUCUAGAUUGCAUUCAUGGAAAUGUUCUCGACCUUGCUGCUCGUCUAGACAUAGCAAUUGAUGUAUCUCAUGCUCUCACCUAUCUUCAUGUGUAUAUGGAUCACCCCAUCAUUCAUAGAGACAUAAAGUCUUCCAACAUUCUCCUCACUGAGAAUUUUCGAGCAAAGGUAGCAGACUUUGGUUUUGCUAGACAAGCACCAGACAGUGACUCUGGCAUGACACAUGUCUCCACCCAAGUUAAAGGAACAGCUGGCUACUUGGAUCCUGAAUACUUAAAAACCUAUCAACUGACCGAAAAGAGUGACGUCUAUUCAUUUGGUGUUUUGCUUGUUGAACUUGUCACAGGAAGACGCCCGAUUGAACCAAAAUUUGAACUCAAAGAGAGAAUAACAGUAAAAUGGGCUAUGAAGAGGUUUAUUGAGGGAAACGCGAUCUCGGUCUUGGACACAAGACUGGAUCAAACUUCUGCAAAUCAUUUGGCAUUAGAAAAGAUACUUGAACUGGCUUUACAGUGUUUGGCUCCUCAUAGGCAAAGCAGGCCUAGCAUGAAGAGAUGUGCAGAGAUCCUUUGGGCCAUUCGUAAGGAUUACCGAGAGAUAUCGGCAUUAAACUUUCGAUCAUAUUCCACUACUUCCCAAAGAAGCACCUCAUUGUGA